AUGUCGGAUCCAAUCCAGGAUACCACCUUGCUGGGGAAGGCUGCCCCAAACCCACCAGGCCUUACAUGGCUGACAUUUUUGAGGAAGGAGCUGGAAUUCCUGGGGGUAACACAAAUUCUGAUUGGUUUCCUAUGCUUUUGCUUUGGAACAAUUGUCUGCUUCGUGCUCAAUAUUUCAGAAUUUGAUGAAGAUUUAUUUUCAUCAUUUAAAGUCGGCUACCCAUUCUGGGGAGCAGUAUUUUUUGUUAUUUCUGGAUUUUUGUCAGUUAUGUCUGAAGAGAAACAUGGAAUAUAUCUGGUGCGAGGAAGCCUGGGGGCAAACACUGUCAGCAGCAUUGCUGCAGGAGCAGGAAUCAUCAUCCUGAUCAUCAACCUAAAGAAGAGCUCGGCUUAUAUCUACAAUUGCCAGGAAACUUAUGAGGAUGUCCUCUGCCUUGUGGCUUCUUUUUCUACUGAAAUUGUGGCGAUGAUGCUGUUUCUCACCAUUUUGGGGUUUUGCAGUGCUGUGUCACUCACAGUCUAUGGUGUGAGAGAAGUAAUCGAAGGAAAUAAGAUUCCAGAAGAUCGUCUUUAUGAAGAAUUAAACAUAUAUUCACCAAUUUACAGUGAAUUGGAAGACAGAGGGGAGAUAUCUUCUCCCAGUGACUCAUAAGAAUCAUGUGCCCAGAACAUUCUGAUUCACAGCAGAGGGUCCAGAAAGCCAAGGUCUUUGUUUAAGGGGCUACUGGCAAAAUUUCUAUUCUGUCUAUGAUCUGCCAAUUUUACAUUAUGAUUUAUUUUCCAGAUAGCAAUAUUCUGUUUUUGUUGUUUCUGUUCACUAAACACCGUCCCCCCCAUUUGUAGAUAUGAUAGACUCCUGUUUUUCGUCUUUUCUAUCACCCAUACCUUCUGGGAAGUCAACAUGUAAUAAGUAACGUUUACGGCGUGCCUAUAACUGCGCAAAUAGGGAAAACAGGAGGAAGGCUGGUUGAGAGUUGAGUUAAACUUUAACAGUUUGAUAAUAGUUAUUUCUUAGCCCUUUUUAGAGUUUACAAGAGCUACGGAUGUGCAUGACAUAUGUCCCCCUACUUGACUGUAAGCACCUUGAGAGCAAAGUCCAGUUCAGCAAACAUAUGCUGAGAACCAAUUAAGUGUUUGAAGUUUUCCACGCUUGUCUCUUUCACAGUGUGUAUCCCAGUAUUUCACAAUAGUGGAUGCUCAGUGUGUAUUUAUGGAAUGGAUGG